AAUGAAAUUUCCCUUCCCUUCCCCCCUCUCUACCCUCCAUCCAAACAGGCCAUAACUCCUAACCCUAAUUCUGAGAAACCCCAUGGAAAUCACGGAGGAGCAGCGUCAGAGAGCUGAAGCCAACCGCCUCGCCGCCCUCGAGAAGCGCAAGCGAGCGGCCGAGCGCUCCGACGACGACCCAUGGCGCCUCUUCCGCUGCCGCAAGAUCCCCAGCCCUACCCUCUCAUCGUCCAAAGAGGAUCCUGAUCCCAUAAACAACUCCGAUCCUCCUCCUCCGCCGGCGGUUCGCUUCCGCAUCGUCAUCGAGAUCUGUUCUCCCACUGAGUUUUCCGUCACUCCUCAACCUCUAAAUGGUUUCACUUUCCCUGGAGGACUCGAAUGCUUUCAGAGAAUUGAAGCCAGUCUCUCUUCGGUUGUCCCAUUUCGUGAAAUUGAGAGCCAAGGCAUCCGAAUGACGGUGGCCUGCAAGAUUAAGGAUCAUGAACUGGUGUUGAGAUGCUUGAGGACGAUAUCAGGGGUUGAGCUGCAAGAUAUACCUCCCAGGACGUUGUCUGUGGCCAAAAGGUUUCAAGAAUGCGUCAGAGACCAGUGGAAACCUUUUAGUCAGGGAUGGUAUACUGAUGAGCAGGUUGAUGAGUUGUUGGAGAAACUGCCUAAGACUUUACGAGAUGCUCUUCUCCCAUUUCAACUUGAAGGUGUGAGGUUCAGUCUUCGAAGGGGUGCGAGGUGUCUCAUUGCAGAUGAGAUGGGAUUAGGCAAGACGAUUCAGGCAAUUGCUAUUGCUUGUUGUUUCCAUGAUGAAGGCCCUAUUCUAAUUGUUUGUCCAGCUGUCCUGAGAUAUUCAUGGGCAGAGGAGUUAGAGCACUGGCUUCCCUUUCUAUUACCAAAAGAUAUUCAUCUUGUCUUUGGUCACCAGGAUAAUCCUAACCGUACAGAAAGAUCUCCAAAGGUUGUGGUUAUAUUAUGGGCACUUCUAAUUGUUGACGAGUCUCAUAAUAUACGUUGCACAAAAAAGAAAUCCGAGUCGGUAGAGACAGAAGCUGUACUUCAAAUGGCAGCACAGGUCGAUCGAAUUAUUCUUCUCUCAGGGACACCUUCUUUGUCAAGGCCCUUUGACAUAUAUCAUCAAGUAAAUAUGUUAUGUCCACGUUUGCUAGGAAAGGACAAGUAUGAAUUUGCUAAGAAUUACUGCUUAAUGAAGGUUGUCCAAGGCUGUCAGGGGAAAACUUUCAAGGAUUUCUCCAAGGGCACCCGGUUGGAAGAGUUGAAUGUGUUGCUCAGUCAAAUACUCAUGAUAAGACGUUUAAAGGAGCAUGUAUUAACACAGUUGCCUCCAAAGCGCCGACAAAUCAUUAGAUUGGAGCUGAAGAAAGCAGAUAAGGCACAAAUAACAUCUUCUAGGUUCAACAAUGGGGUUUGCAUGGAUAAACAAAUGGAUGAACUUGUAAUGAACUGUUCUUCUCACCAAAGUGAGGGAAGUAAUCAGAAUUCAGAGAACUAUAAUUGCAACCAUGAGAAAGAAUGCCAAGAAAAAAGUGCAAAGCAGCUGUCCGAUCAAGAAAUUGGACUGGCAAAGCUCUCUGGAUUUUGUGAAUGGUUUUCCAACCAUGGCAUACUUAGAGAAUCAGAGGAUGCAAACAGUAUGCCCUUGGAGCUUCAUUGUCGGAAAAUGGUAAUAUUUGCCCAUCAUCUGAAGGUUCUAGAUGGUAUACAGGGAUUUGUAUGUCAGAAAGGAAUUCAAUUUGUACGUAUUGAUGGCAGUACACUUGCUAGAGACAGACAAACAGCAGUGGAGAAUUUUCGUCUAUUAAAAGAGGUUAAGAUUGCAAUAAUUGGGAUAACUGCUGGAGGUGUUGGGCUUGACUUCUCAGCUGCAGAAAAUGUUGUCUUCUUGGAGCUGCCUAAAUCUUCAUCAGAAAUGCUGCAGGCUGAGGAUCGAGCUCACAGGAGAGGACAAACUAAUGCAGUCAACAUAUAUAUUUUCUGCGCGAAGGACACGUUGGAUGAAUCUCAUUGGUUACGUUUAAACAGGAGUCUGUUCUAUGUUUCAUCGUUGAUUAAUGGGAAAGCCGAUGCUAUACAAGAAAUAGAGGUGGACAGAAUGCUUCGUCUAGAUUAUUCUCUUCAUUCAUCUAGUUACUCAAACUUGAACAGCAGAACUAUUGAUGGCUUUAGUGGUGAUAAUUCAGUUAAGGGGGGAAAAGAUGGCAAGAAACUUUUCAGUAGCACAACUGAAAACUGCGGAGGUUGCAUGGCUGAGAACAUAGAAGAAGAAAAGAAUAAAUCAAUUGGAACCGACUCUUCUGAGUGUAAGAGUGAGAAGGAUCUGGACCUAGAGUCGAAGGAUUAUGCUAUUCCCCAUGGAAAUCUAGAAGUUAGUGAAUAUCAAAUUGUACGACAUGGACAAUCUAGCACAACCUCUAACUGCAUAGUUGACAAGGGUGCUAUUGAAUUUGAUUUGAUGGAGAAUUUUGUGAAUAAGGCUGAAGGUGCGCAUUCAGUGUCUAAUAAUGUAGAUAAUAGCAGUUCUGAGGUGGUUAAAUCUGACACAGACUGUACCUCACAGGUUGAGACACUUCGGUUUGAGGUAAGCCAGUAUACUGGGCGAAUUCACCUGUAUAUUUGUGUACCAGGAAAGGAUUCAAGACCCAGGCCUCUUUUUGUGAACUUCCGGCAAGAGGAUCUGGAGUCGAUGACAAUCACUGAUAGUGAUACGAGGAAUGAAACGACUAAAAGUCUCCUGAAGGAGAACCCAGCAUUUGUCAAAACCGUUCAGUCAUUCAGCAACGAAUGGAAUGGUUUAAGGCCUAUCCAACAAAAUAAGCUCCUGGGAAAGCCUCUGCAACUUCCAUUGAGUGUAGAAUUAUGCUAUCUAAAAGAAUCAAUCAAUCACGGAUCUGGUGGAUUGCUGAAAGGUGGAAGUAAGAGACGAGUUACCCCUUUAACUAGUAUAAGCCGUUCUCUGCCUGAAAAUGCCGUUUGGAAGAAGGUUGCUGUUUGCAGUAACAUUUCAAAGGAAAAAGAAUAUUUUCAGGCUUGGACUGAUACUGAUGAGCCUCUUUGCAAACUCUGCCUACAGCAGUGCAAUGGCAAUCUGGCAAAGAAGCCUGAAUACUUUGAAGAUCUAUUCUGUAAUUUGAGUUGUUUCCAGGAGUAUCGUAUAAGAACCAGCCAGAAAGCCCUUCGUGAGGAACUUUUUCAUAUAGAACAUGGUGUGUGUACUCAAUGCAAACUUGAUUGUCACAAACUUGUAAACUGUUUAAAGCCUUUACCUGUUGCUAAGAGAAAAGAGUAUGUUGAGAAUGUUGCUCCAAAGUUGGCCAAACAAAAGAAUCUGUUCGAUAAACUCAUCUAUGAACCAGUUGAGGGAAAUGCUUGGCAUGCAGACCAUAUAGUACCUGUAUAUAAAGGCGGAGGUGAAUGUAGUCUAGAGAACAUGCGGACUUUGUGUGUGGGCUGUCAUGCAGAGGUCACCAAAGCUCAACAGACAGACCGUAAAUUAGCCAAGCAAAGGGCAAAAGAACAACUUAAGACUGCUCUUAAGGAGCUCGAAGAUACUGACUACAUGAAAUGUAACAGAUCCAGUCUUGAUACCAGUGUUAGAAAUGUAAUAGGAGAGGAAGAUGUGGGAAGAGUAGCAGAUGAAGAUGAUCUGUUGUUUGUAGAAGUACCAGGCAGUGCCUAUUCUAGACCAGAUAGCUGUUAAAUUGGCUGUCCUGUUUUGAUGUGUGAUUUUGAAAUGUAUCAUCCAUUCUUUUUUAAUUUCAGUCCUCCCCCCAUUUUUGUGGUUAUUGUAGUAGAGAGAGAUGUUUAUCUAUGUAAAAUUUUCAUAAUCAUGUUUCAAUGUUGGCCUCA